CCCAAAUGAUCGAUAGUUUGCUCGUAAUCUCCUCCAUGUUAGGGAAUGUCCUAUACUUUUUCAUCUCCUCGAUCCUCAUCGCCCACUACGCCGCCGGGAUUUCCUUCCAACCCGUCUCAUAUCGGUGUAACAAUACCGAUACUCCAAACAGCACUUAUCGAUCCAACCUCAACUCCCUCCUCUCCACUCUGGGUUCAAACGCCAGCCGCCCAAACGGGUUUUACUACUCAGCCGCCGGAGAUGGAAACGCCACCGCGUACGGCCUGUUCUUGUGCCGCGGAGACGUCUCUACCGCCCUCUGCAGCGCGUGCGUGAGCUACGGCGGCGCAGAUAUAAUGCAGCGGUGUCCGCACUUCAAGACGGUUGUGGUGUGGUACGAUGAGUGUAUGUUGCGGUACUCCGACCGGCCUAUGUACGGGAAGCUGGACCUCUCUGUUUCGAAUGUUCUGUUUUCACAGAACGAUCCUAGACCGGAGACUUUCAUGGUAUGGGUCGGAAAGAAACUGGGUAAUAUGGUGAACCGGCUCGCCGGUGACGGCGGUUCCGGCCGGAAAUAUGUGACUGACGAAGCUAAGUUUAGCGGAAAUGAGACGAUCUACAGUGUGGAGCAGUGUACGCCGGAUCUUUCCGACGAGGAUUGUCAAGAUUGCGUUAGCAGUGCAAUCCAAUAUCUGGUGACGGCAAGGGGGAAUAGAGCUCUCUACCCAAGUUGUAAUGUCAGGAAUGAAAUGUACCCGUUCUACAACACCAGCGUUGCUUCUUCCCCGCCUCUGCUGCCGCCUCUGCCGCCGCCUCUUUUGCCGCUGGCUCUGUUGUCGCCUCGGCCGCUUCCAGUUCGCCUUCCCAUGCCUGAAGACAAACAUCCACCUGCUGGAAAGAAGAGAUACCAUUCUUUAAAAGUCAUCAGUGUCAUUGUAGGUUCAAUGUUUGGGAUUAUAUUCAUCAUCAAUGCAAUCUUCUAUCACGGGAGAACUAGAAAGGCUAAAAACAGAAAUGUUAUACUCUCCUCGAGAACAGAUGUGGCUAGUAUUUUAACUGCAGGGUUCUCCGAAUACGAUUAUGCUACAAUUCAAGCUAUUACAAAUGAUUUCUCAACUGAAAGUAAAAUUGGUGAAGGUGGAUAUGGUUUCGUACACAAGUCUGACCGAGCAAUUGUGUGACACACACAAAAAUAUCAAAAGGAAAGCUUCCCGAUGGACAAGAAGUAGCUAUUAAAAGACUUUCAAAAACCUCGGAACAAGGUGAUCAAGAGUUCAUGAAUGAGGUUGAAGUAGUUGCCAAGCUUCAACAUAGAAAUUUAGUAAGACUAUUGGGAUUUUGCUCUCAUGGUGAAGAGAGGAUUCUAGUCUAUGAACUUGUGUCAAAUAAAAGUCUCAACUACUUUUUAUUUGAUUAUGAGAACCAAUAUAUUUUGGACUGGUCACGGCGCUACGAAAUUAUAAAAGGAAUAACACGAGGUAUGCUUUACCUUCAUGAAGAUUCCCGCCUUAGAAUCAUACAUCGUGAUCUCAAAGCAAGCAAUAUACUUUUGGACGCAAGUAUGAAUCCAAAAAUAGCUGAUUUUGGCACAGCAAAAUAUUUCUCAGAUGACAAAGUCGAAGCAAAUACUAAAAGAAUUGUUGGGACAUAUGGUUACAUGUCCCCGGAAUAUGCAUUGUAUGGAGAGUUUUCUGUGAAGUCAGAUAUUUUCAGCUUUGGAGUUUUACUUUUAGAGAUCAUUAGUGGCAAGAAAAAUCGCAAUUUCUUGCAUUCAAAAGGAGGACAAGACCUUCUUAGCCAUGCAUGGGAAAGUUGGAUGGAUGGCACACCGUUGAAAAUACUAGAUCCAGUUCUCGAAAAAUCAUACAAAUCAGAAGAAGUCACCCCAUGCAUUCACAUUGGAUUGUUAUGUGUUCAAGAAAGUCCAGAUAAAAGACCAACAAUGCCGGAGGUAAUGUUAAUGCUAAGUAGUAGUACUACUAGCUGGCCAACACCUUGUGAGCCUCCAUUUUACCGUAAUGGAAGUAAAGUGGUGCGCAUGGACUAAUAAUCUGUGAAGUAAAUCAUAUGGUGAUAUGGAGCUUCACUUUCGCAAUGAUCUCCGAGAAGGUAGUAUAUAUAUUUCAUUGAUUUAUUUGAUUCAAGGUUUCAUAAGUUAAAUAGAUACAAAAAAAAGAUUAAUGUUUCUAAAUAUUCCACAUGAGAUAUCUACAAAAUUAUAUCUAAUAUAAAAGUGUGAGGUAAACCUCACCCUUUAAGGAUUCUUAUAUAGGUGAGCUAUGUUUUUUUUGUAUCAUUGCAUUGCAUGUUUAAUUAUGAUUUGUUUACUUGUUUGGCACUUUUAGUUUUAAAUUGCUUGUGAAAAAACGAUUUGACCAUCUAUCCCCAACUGAAUGGUCUAAUUUGAUUUGGAUUGAUGACACAUGUUAAGUAUUUAU